AUGCCAUCAAUAGUUCAAAUAUCUCGUCCAUUUUUCAGUCAUAAAGAAAUUUCUUAUUUACAUAAUCAAACCAUAUCAGAUAAUCUUAAACCUCAUUAUACCAAUAUUAAGAAUAAAAUAUUUCAAUUUUUAUUUCAAAUUAUUAAACAAUUAAAAUUCCCAUUACGAGUAUUAGCAACAGCAAUGAAUUAUUAUCAACGAUAUUAUUUAUUCAAUAAAUUUGAAAUUAAUAAUGGAAUUUUUGAAUUUUCUGAUGAUCCUUAUACAAUAUCUAUGACUUGUUUAUUUUUAGCAAGUAAAGUUGAAGAUUGUAUUAAACGAUUAAAAGAUAUUCAAAUUGUUGGGAAUAAAUUAAGAGAUAUUGAUGAUAAUAAUAAUAAUAAAAUUAUUGAAUCAAAUGGUUUAUCAUAUAUUGAACAACAAAGGAAACAUAUUUUAUCAAUUGAAUAUAAAUUAUUACAAAUUAUUAAAUUUGAUUUUAAUAAUGGUCCAAUUACUAUAAGAACUAAUGUUGAUAAUUUAUUAAUUCAAUUUUGUAAAAAUAUGAAAGUUAAUUAUAAAUUAUCAAUUUUAGCUUGGUUAAUUAAUUUUGAUAUAAUGUCUACUCCUUUAAGUUUAGUUGUACCUCCUCAUUGUAUUGCUUUGGCUAUUAUAAUUAUAAGUUUGAAUUUAAAUCCAAUAGAAAUUAAUUUACACCAUGAACCAUUACUACCAAAUGAAAAUUGUUUGUCUGCUCAAGAAAUAUUACAAUCAAUUGAUAGUGAUGAUUUCCAAUGUCCAGAAAUUUUAGUUAAUGAAGCAAUAAUUUAUAUUUUAGAUUAUUAUAUUCAUCAAUAUCAAAUAUCAAUUUUAAAUGUUUAUUUACCAUCAAUUGAUUCAGAAUCUAAUAAAGAACAAAUUUAUAAAUUUAUGAAAUUAAAAUCAGAAUUUAAUGAUGUUAAAAUAAUGGAUGAAAUUAGUUGUACACCUAAAUUAAAUGAAACUGAUGAAUAUUUAAAAAAAUGGGAUUAUACAAUUAGUUCAAAAGGUUCAACUAGAUUUAUGUUAAGUAAUAAAAGAAGAAGAUUUAAUAAAGAAUUACAAAAAUGA